UUAAAAACUCACUAUUGUGUUUCAUUACACUUCUGCAUGAUGUCACGGGGCGGUGCCCUUCUAACUAUUUCAGAUGAAAGCUAUUUAGCUAAAAGGAAAGGUCUUGGAUCAUUUACAAGCAGUUGUGGAAGAUAUUGAUGGUGGUCUCCCAGCCAACCCUCAUCAGAGCCUGCCACUCAACCCUACUUGAAAAGAAGAAGAGAAAAGGAGGAAUAUAAAGAGUGCAAAGAGUUUACAAGAUUACAGGACUUGGAAAAGCAGAGGAGUAGCAGAAGUCUGUGUCCAGUGCUGGCUGGCUGGUGAAAAUGAUCCUGUGGGUUGCCUUGCUGAUGAUGUCUCACUGCUGUUUGAAUGGAGCUGCAGCAGAAAACAUGGGACUGGAGAGGAUACAGAAAUGUAGCACUACAUGUUCUCAGGGUCUUCGCUGCAAAACCACACCAAAUUAUUUGUUCCCUCCUCCGUGUCAGAACCCUCCUGUAAAUCUCACCACGUCCUCCCUGUUCCACAACAUCAGCCUCUCCACAGUCAUGAGUUGUGAGGGGAGGCAGAGGUGCUCGCUUCAGCUCAGAAUCAAAACCAUAUUACAACUCACUGAGUCCGUCCAUGGUGUGUCCAUCUGCACGAUGACACCAGGGAUGUUGACCAACUGCCAAAUCUUCGGCUUCACAAAAAAAUCUAGAGAGAGGAUGUCUGGACUGAAGGUGGAGGUUGAGGAUGAUUGCACUAAUAUAUCUCCAAACCAACGAGUGCAAAUAUUGGUGAAAACAUUGCCAACCUACUGUGGCAUAACAUGGACUGGCACCUAUCAUGCUCCAGGAUGCACCAGUGAAGAUUUGAGAAGACAUGUCCCAGAAUGCAUCACUGGAAGGCUGUCGUAUGAUGUAAACCCAGAGAGGAAGGAGCUGAGUGUCAAUGUGACAGACAUGCUUGAAGACCACGACUACCACCUCCGUCUGUGCCUUAACAAUUUCAUCUGUGCUGGCACAGGGGCCCAUACCCUGAUAAAGAAGGAGGAACCCAUGAAGAGAGCCACCCUCCCUUACUCCAGACCUUUGCCCUGCCUCUGCAUUGAGGGAUGGUCUGCUGUGACAGAUGCCCCCAGAGUCCGGGUCUGCCCGUUCAAAGACCGUCUUGAGGAGCUGUGGCUUGGAAUAACUUUUGACCCACUGGAGGAGGCACUAUCAUGGGAACUUGCUUGUCCAGUUGCUGUUGUUGUUGCUUUGUGUCAACAAAGAAAGGACGGCAUCUGUGUGGAUCUGCCCCAUUCCUCCCGGAAUGUUAGCAGAGAAAAGAUAACAUUUACCAAAGUGGAUCCACACCCUCAACUGUGCAUGAAGUUCACUGCAGGCUCUCAGUCCUGGACCAGGUGUCCCUUUGCUGAUGAGAGAUUCCAAGCAUGGGAGGUGACUGUGACAAGACAACAGGGUCACGAAGAGGUGAAGAUGUCGUCAAAGAUCAAUGCGACUUUCUCUGUGGGGCUGUGUGAGCAGUCAGCAGUGUCUCCCAUGUGCCAGACUACUGAGACACACUCUGUACAUGUGGAGAAACAUAAGUCUGUUGACUUAAACCUGCCAGGAGAACUAUGCAAAGUCAACUCUUGUCUCCAGAUAAAGAGGCUCGAUGUGAAGUUUGCAGCCACAGUCAUGCACUGUUAUGACCAAUGUGAUCCAUCACUUCUCUUCACCAAACAAGUCACUUGGGACUUGACCUGGUUCAUUGUGCCUGCUGGUGUUUGCCUGUCUGGCAUCAUAAUUGUCACUCUGGUGCUGCAUGUAAUGUUAACUGUGUAUAAGAGGAGGAAACAAAAGGGAAAUGGAGGCGACUGUUCCUCUGAAAUGCACACAGAAUCUACUCUUGACUGUGUGGUCCCUACAUUACAAACUCAUCCUGCUCGCCAUGGAGGGGUCCUCAUACCUGAUUCACCGCAGCGUGGAAACACAGAGAAAGCCAACUUACUCUCUGACUGACCAAAAGAACAGCGCUCCAUUACCCGCAAUGUGCAGUAUGAAACUGUAAAAAUGUUACACAAACCAAAGGAGUCCUCUGUCGAAACAAGUGUGAGAUGUUAGGACAGAUAUUUCAGAUAUUUUAUAUAUGUUACUGUGUAUAUGCUGCUUUGUGUGUUUGUUAUAGUUAGUGGCUGAUGUUUAUGUAUUCUGUGUUGUUGUCUGUAUGAAAGUUAUAUUGUCAUUUUUUAUGUUGAAUAUUCAUUUUGCUUGCAGCUAAAAUGUCACAAUUUUGUUACAUAAUAAAUAUGUAACGGAAUUGCUUUUGAAAAAAAAUGUUUUUGUCUAUAAACAGCAAUACAAUACAAUAUUUUUUCACAAUAAUAUGUCCUAGAUGUAUUCUUAAGUGAUGCUGUGCCAUUUUAGCAGUUCUCAUAAUGACGCAAACUGUAGGAAAGCAAUAAUUAACGUUUUUAGUUCUGUGUUUUCUGAUCUAUUGUAAGCCUUAGUAGCCUUAACUGCCUUAAAUGUGGCACAUCAGUCACAACAUUACGUGACAUGAUAAACACCUCUCAUGAAACAGCCUCACCAAACUGGUAUUUACUGGUUGUACUGUAUUGCAUAGUGUUUGUCCACACCUUCAGACAGUCUCCUGCACACCCCCAUACGCAAGAGGUCUACUUUGGUAUAUAAACAGACCAGCUUCCCAGAAAUGAGUUUCCGAUGCAGCUCUCACAGCACUUUGUUUGAACACCUGUUCAGACAAGCUGACACUGUUGUUCGCUGUAUUUCCUUUCAAAAUUCCCUUCCUUCAUCCUUUUGCAUCUUUUGAAUAAUGCCCCACAUGCUUCUGCUGGGGCAUGUUAUCCCUAAUGUACCAUUCUUCUUAGAAUGAAAACACAGGUUUAGUGACACACAAAAAAUGCAUUUGAAUUUACUGGAGGAACAUUAUCAAGUUACAAUGAACAUAUUAUAUGAGCAGGUGAAUGAAACUGUAGUAAAAUUAUUGAUGCUGCUGUUCUCAAUAUUUUCUUACUAACACUUGAUAAAAUGACUAUGUGUGAUAAUUAUUACUGUACCUUGCAGUUCUCCUCGGUUUUAUGGAGUGUUUUACUGUUUUUGAUUCAUACACACACAUCUCAAAAUGAAGGCUAAUGUUGCUCUGUGCCUGCUGGAUGUGUACAUAAGCAGCAGUUAACAUUAGACAAUUAGAUUCUUAUCAAUUAUGCAAUAUCAUACUCUGAUUGGUCCCAAGUUUAUUCUGCAGCAUGACAAUGACCCCAAACAUACAUGAGUCAUAAAGAGCUAUCUUCAGUGAUGAGAAGAACGAAGAGUCCUACAUCAGAUUAUAUGGCUGCCCACAGAGCCCUGAUCUCAACAUCAUGGAGUCAGUUAGGGAUUACAUGAAGAGACAUGUACUUUCUCUAAGAUGCUUUGAACAGCCAACCUGCCAUGUACCUUGAAAAACUGUGUACAGGUGUACCGAGGAGAACUAGUGCUGUUUUGAAAGCAGAAGUUUUUUCUGUUCACUGAACUUUGUAUGAAGUUAAUUGACCGAU